GAGCGUGUAGAUGGGAAGUGAGAGGUUUCUGGGUGGAGGGUGUGACUCUGUGUGUAUAUGAUAUGAUGUGUAUAUAUAUAUAUAACGCGUGUAUAGUGGAGAUGGUGUGUAAAGGUCUGUGAAUGUCAUCAACAUGUGUGGUAAGACGGACAGAACUGAUUCUGUUGUAUAUUGCUAAGUUGCAAAAAUAUUGGAAACUGGAGGGAAGCGGAUCUCCAAGUUCACAGAUGUGACAGGAAGAUCACAGAAUUUAUUAUUGUUAUUUACAGACACCACCACGGCCAGAGAAGGCAGAAGAAACUAUUUCUCACGAAGAAGUCAUUAGACUGCGGUCAUGCUGGGGCACCACUUUGAAGAAGUUUAGUUGAAUAAAUCAUUGCCAUUGCUGUAUCUCCAAGACUGUGGAAUUCUUCCUGAUUAUUUUACCUUGCUGCCAUCAUCAUGGUUGUAUUAUAUGCUGUAUUUCUGGUUCUGGCCUGUUUGGCCAGUCUUUUACAAAUAAUGGUCUACCGUUUCAAGAAGGACGUUUUAUUGGGCAACAAUCCACAAUUUUUGAAGUUCCAACGAGGUUACUUCUCUGCAUAUCUUCCAGCAAUGUUUGCAGACUGGCUUCAAGGUCCUUAUCUCUAUAAACUUUACAACUAUUAUGGAUUCCAAGAGGAACAAAUUGCUGUGCUCUAUGUCUUUGGUUUUGCAUCGACCGUUCUUCUUGGAACUUGGAUUCCCCUUGCUGCUGAUCAGUUUGGUCGCAAAAAAAUGUGCAUUCUCUUUACAAUUCUUUACUCCAUAUCGUGUUUGCUGAAAUUAUCUCGAAACUAUGCUGUGUUGCUGCUGGGCCGCUUGGUUGGUGGUGUUGCAACGUCAGUUUUGUUCUCUGCAUUUGAGGCAUGGUACAUCCACGAACACACGGAAACCCAUGACUUCCCCAAAGAGUGGAUUGCUGUUACUUUCACAAAAGCAUCGUUUUGGAAUGGAGUGUUAGCUAUUUUAGCUGGUUUAACUGCAAAUAUUUUCUCUGAAUGGUUUGGCCUUGGACCAGUAGCUCCUUAUAUAUUGGCCAUUCCCUUUCUUAUUUUUGCUGGAGUCAUGAUGUCCACUCAUUGGAAUGAAAAUUAUAGUGGCCAUAAAGUUAAUUUCCAGAAACUUUGUUUUGAGGGUCUGAAGAAAACUUUGACCCACGAGAAGGUUUUCCUCAUUGGUGCCAUUGAAUCAUCUUACGAAAGUGUUAUCUACAUUAUCAUCUUUCUUUGGACUCCAAUUUUGGACAGAGAGAAAUUCUCUCUCGGCAUCGUCUUCUCCAGCUUUAUGAUAAGCAUCCUGAUAGGGUCAGGCCUCUACCAGAUUGCCUCCUCAAAGAAUGUCCCAAUCACUAACUUACUUCUUAGUUCGGUCAUUAUAGCAUUAUUUGCCAACAUUUUAUGUGUGAUAUCCACCAACCCCACCCAUCCCAACACUGCUUUAUCUUUCACGUCCUUCCUCAUAUUUGAAGUAGGGGUGGGGUUAUACUUCCCUGCUAUGGGUUUUCUCCGCAAUAACAUCAUCCCAGAAACCCACAGAACUAAUAUCAUGAACUGGUUCCGUAUUCCUCUCAAUCUAAUUUCUUGUAUUGUUUUACUUUUGCUGCACGAAGACGUCUUCCAACAUGGUAACAGAAUGAUCUUUGUGGUGUGCGUUGGUCUUCAGGCUCUGGCGCUGGUGUGUAGCGUACGGUUUGUGAAAAUUGCUAAAGAAGAUGACAUGCGGCAAGAGACAUUAUUACUGGCAGAGACCGAACACAUCCAUAAUAUAUUUUAAGCAUUAUAGCCAUCCUGCUUUGUAUCUUAAUUAUUUUUACUCGUUAUUUCUUAUGGCUUUAGCCGACUCCACUCAUUAAAUAUCAACUUUAAAGGAAGCGCCUCUUCUUUCAAAAACAUUAACCAAGCGUCAUCAUCAUCAUCAUCUUCCAGAACUCUCAACAAUAGUUUAGUAAUAUCGGUAAUAUUUAUAUAACGGACAGCUGAAAAUAUUUUCUCAUAAACAACAUUGUUGUAAUCACACAAAGGAGUGUAUAUAAGUUAUAUAUUUAUUUAUUUAUCCAUUUUUUUUUUCGUUUUAUUUUCUAUCAUUGCCUUCUUUCAAGUCACUGUUAUAUUUUCUCAGAAAUUGCAAUAUUUAUUUUUCCAUCAAAUAAAAAGUAACAAAACAACCCCCUAAUCUCUAGGAUUAUUUUUGGUGAAAUUGUUUCAGCGUGUGUUAAUGGUUUUGGAAUCAAACACCGAGUAGGGUUGAAUAUUUAUAAAACAGUCGAAAAAAAACCAAAACAAAAA